CUGUCCUCUGAUUGGACGAGCAGUUUCAGCACAACUAGCACCAACUCGGUCAGUGUAGUUCAUAAACAAUUCAUCUUCUAAUCGGCUUCUCGGUUGAAUUAUAAUAUUCUCCGCAGUUCUGAGGAAAUCUCGUCGAGACUGUUUUGAGUUUCGUCUGAAUGGCUGAAAUCUCCGUUACAGACACAUCGAAGUUGAAUCCAGAGUCUGCCGAGUUUGUACCACAAGCUAAACCCAACCAGCCCUACUCUAGGAGAAGUUACAGGCAGCAGCACCACACUCAGGACUGGAGGGCUCAACAUGUUAGGCCUCAUCAUCACUUUAGACAGUCCGAUGCGACUAAGCAUGGUCAAGAUGAGUCUGACAACCCUGCCAGUUAUACAUUACCACCUCCUGAACUUCCCAUAAGAGGUAGAGGAAGACAAAGAGGAGGACGCGGUGAUGGUAGGCGCAUUAAUGACAAUCGUGCUCAGAAUGAGAGAUGGACAAAACCUGGAAGUGAUAACGACUGCUCCGGAAGGGACCACGGAGCUUGUGGCCGUGAGCGACCCAACUCACCCACUUCUAAUAGAUCCACGGAUGAGGAGAAGAAAGAAAGAACAACUGUGGAAGCCGACGUAAGAGUGUCUUAUCAAGCUAGCCGACGUAAACAGCCCAAUAAAGCAAGAGUUGAGAGAUCGAUGAAGGAGCCUCAGCCCAAGGACCAAGAGGAGAACAGGGAAAACCAGGCUGAUGCAGGAGACACAAAGCCUGCAGCAGUUCAUGAACAUCCAGAGCCUGAGCAGAGGAACCAUAAGGGAUGGAGAGGUGGAGAUCGCCGCAUGCAGCCCAGUUCCUGGAGGAAAGGGCUGGCCCCUAACCAUGGGAUUGAAGGUAACUGGAGAGAAAGAGAACCUGCUCAGAUCAGAGAGGAGGAGAGGAGAGGUGCAGAAGUUGAGGGUGGAAACCGUGAGGAGUUCAACAGGAACAGAGGAGCUGCGAGAGGGGAGGAGAGGAGAGGUGCAGAAGGUGAGGGGGGAAGCCGUGAGGAGUUCAACAGGAACAGAGGAGGUGCAAGAGGGAAAAGGCCACUACUGCAGAAUCCAGGGCCGAGGAGAGGUGGAGGUCCAGAGCGACGGACCGGACCGGUGAAGUGCAUGGAGCCUCCCAAAAGCAAAGAAACCCAGACAGAUGGCACUGAAGGUUGGCGUUGUCCUGCGUGCCAGCAUGUGGCUCUCAAAGCCCCUAAUGCAUACACCUGCUUCUGUGGGAAGGUGACCAAUCCUGAGUUUCAGCGCACUGAGAUCCCUCAUAGCUGUGGAGAUAUGUGUGGGAAAAAGAGGAGUGGAGGGGAAUGCAAUCACCCCUGUAACAUCUUGUGCCAUCCUGGGCCCUGCCCACAGUGUCCAGCUUUUAUCACAAAGUCCUGCAUUUGCGGGAGAAUGAGAAAGCAGGUUCGUUGCAGUCAGACAGGACCUCUGCUUUGUGAGGACGUCUGUGGAGCUCUUCUGAACUGCUCGGAGCACUUCUGUGCCCAGGUGUGCCACUCAGGGCCAUGCCAACCCUGCCGACUUCGUGUUCAGCAAGAUUCUGUCCACUUGUGUGAAAAGCUCUGCCAUGAGGACAGCUGUGGCCCGUGCUCUUUGACCUCCUCUAUUAAGUGCAGAUGUGGCAGUAACAGCAAGGAAGUUCCUUGUGCAGCCAUUCAGACUGAACAAGACAUGGUGUUUACCUGUGAGAAACGCUGCAACAAGAAGCGCUCCUGCGGCAGGCACAAGUGUGGGGAGUUGUGUUGUGUGGAUGUGGAGCAUAAGUGCUCAAUGAUUUGUGGUUACAAACUCAAUUGCGGUCUACAUCGAUGUCAGGACCUUUGUCACCGUGGCAACUGCCAGCCUUGUUGGCAAACUAGUUUUGAUGAGUUGGCGUGCUACUGUGGGGAGACUGUGCUCUUCCCGCCCAUCCCUUGUGGAACGAGACCUCCUGAAUUACCUCAGAAGGUAAACAUUGUUAGUAAUGUGCUUUUGUUGAAGUGGAGUAACCUUUGUAUUUGGUUGUUCUCUCACAGGUUGGAGUGUGAUCAAGAAUGUGCUACACUGGAGAGGAACAGGCGGCUGGCUGAGGCCCUGCAGAUUGAUCAGUCAGUGGAUACUUUCAACAAGUCAGCAUCUUCCAAAUAUAGUGACUCUCUGAAAGAAGAUGCAAGGAAAGAUUUCAAGUUUGUCAGUGAAAUUGAAGAGGAGAUUAAGAAUUUAGUUGAACUGACUAACAAGGGUAAACAGCCUAAGAGGAGUCACUGUUUUCCACCUAUGAAGCGUGAACACCGGAGAAUUAUCCAUGAGCUAGCGGAGGCAUAUGGUGUGGAAAGCGUCAGCUAUGAUAGCGAACCCAAGCGAAAUGCUGUGGUUACUGCCAUCAGGGGGAAAUCGGUGUGUCCUAACUCUAGUCUGGCUGCUUUGAUUGAAAGGGAAACUGUUUCCAGAGCACCUCCUCCUAUUGCCCACAUCAAACAACACACAAGCAAGGCCGACAAUAGUAAUGCUUGGAUGAAGCAAUCUAAAGAGGAGCCCACAAUUGAUUAUUUUGAUGUGCAGGAUUGACAUGAAAUUCUGAAUAGUCACUGUAAUAAUCACACAAAAUAAAACUGUCCAAAGACUUCUUUUCACUAUAGCAUCACCGUUCUGAACACAAAUACAGUGAGAAUCUAAAGCUAUGAUUUGUGGACAUGUUUGUUAGGUUUACUAAGGAGCAAACAUCUAGGAGUAAAAAUUGAUGUGGUUUCUGUGCACAUAUUAACGGGGGGGGGGGGAUGCAUUUGUAUUCUGAGACUAGACUUUGACAUUAUCAGUGACCUUGACAGUGAUUUCUUCUUAUAGACAGCUUACACAAGUGUCAGAGUGAAGUUGGACAUGAUUGGCAUCAGGAAGGUUGUUGGUAGUAAUCUCAUUUUACCAUACCUUGUUAAAGAAGAUGAAAAUAACUGUGCAUCUCAGCUCCAAUAAAUACUUCUGAAA